AUGUUCGAAAAGAUUACCGAAAAGGUGGUCAAUACACAUGCGACUGAUGUCUUGGACCUUGGAUGUGGACCUGGUCAGCCUUCAUUGCUUAUCGCCAAAACAUUGCCCUCAGCGCAAGUUCAUGCGACUGAUGUUCAGGAGGAAAUGAUCAAGAAGGCCAAGAAAAGAGCAGAGGGUGUCAGUAAUCUGAAGUUCAGCGUGGUUUCUGCUGAUGACUUGUCUUCCUUUGGACCUAAAAGCUUCGAUGCUGUGACGAUGAAUUACGUUUUAAUGUUUGUGCCUGACAAGCAGAAGUCUUUGCGAGAAAUUGGGCGUGUUCUUCGUGCUGGCGGACGGGCUUUCAUAUCUGUUUGGAAGAGGAAUCCCUCUUUCACCUUAAGCGUGGAAGCCUAUGCACAGGUUGCAGGGGAGGAGCCCAUGGAUUUCCCGGUAAACCCACUUGCCUUGGCCAAGGAAGGCUCCAUGGAAUCCUUGAUCGAGGCUACGCAUGGCUUGCUGGUGCUUGAGCAUGAGGAAACGGUGUCGUAUCCUUUUCCUUUGGGAACACCUGACGAAGCCUGUGAUUCGGCAAUGAUUGUAGCCGGCUCAUGGCUGGAGAAAUUGAAGAAAGGCGGUAGAGUUGAUGCGAAGGAGCGUUUCUGUGAAUCAUUUGUCACAAAGCUGGAGGAGAACGGAAUGAAGGACGGGCAGGUCUACAAGGCAUCGCAGACUCUUUGUCAAUGAGACCCUGCCACUGUAUCGAACGUUGGAGACGGAUUUUGGACGAUUUCAGAAGUACAAGCAUCGAGUUCUACCGUUUCAUUUUUUCAUAUGUGUUUGAUUUUGUUGUAAUGUUGAUGGAUCACUUGAAUGGUGGCUGCUAAGUAGUUCUUGUUCGUUAUGAUGCCUUUCUCCCACUCCAUUUCACUCCGAUUCAUUUGAGAUUUUUGCUCUACAGGUUGCAGGUUCGGAGGCAGCCUUGCUAUCGCUGAAGAAACCAGAAAUGUUUAACGCGGAGCUGUGAUUCCAGAAAAGACAAAUGGCAUGAAUCAAAGGGAUUCAAAGGGCGUAAUGCUGCUGAGGGGGUGAUCUCACAAGCCUGAAAGCAACUUUGAAACCAGCUGCCACAAUUGGUGUUGUCACAAGUUGUCACAAGAAAUAUAUACAAACAAAUGAAUGCUCUUUUGGUUCCCCCAACGAUGCGGUGGUUUGCCAGAAGCGAAAAAGUUCAGGAAUGCAUUUGGGUUUGGUUUUCUUUGGUUUUCUUGUC